UCUCUGAGCAGCAGUCAGAGCUGGAACAACACAACUACACCCACAGCCUCCGGACCGACACAGCUCAGCCUUUUCUGGAGCAGCUUUUCUUUUGGGGGUAAAAGUGCCCAAAACCCAUCCGUGCGUAAUUACGCACCAACCCAAAACGACGCACAAUGAGCUCCACGGCGAUGGAGGUGAACGCAGAAGCCAGACGGAUCCUGGCCGUGUCCAUCAGCAAGCUGUACUCCUCCAGGACCCAGAGAGGAGGUCUGAGACUCCACAGGAGCCUCCUGCUCUCCAUGGUCAUGAGGUCCGCCCGGGACAUCUACCACUCCUCCCGGGAGAUGGAGGACACCACCCCGGAGGAGCCGAUGGAGACCGUCUCCAUCCCGGAGGAGGAGCAGCCAAACCCAUCAGAGGAGUCGGACAGCGAUGAGGGUGUAUCCACAGAGGACAAAGAGAACCUCAGCCCGACCAAGCAGUCCAGGAAACGCAGAGGAAAGGCGUCGGCGGCUCCAGACUUCCUCCCGAGCAAGAGAGCCAGGCUGGAGCCCGGGGAGGAGAGGCAUGCGGGCCAGGCCAGCUGUCGGGCCGGGGUUGGGGAGUCCCUGUCCGUGCUGUCUCUAAACCGGGUCAUACCUGCUUUCUGAACACAUAAAGGGGAGAAAACAUGCCUCCAAUUGGACUUUUGGAGUUGUGAACUGGUUGUGAACCCAGAAGGGGAGGCUUGGCCCCCCUUUUACGCACCAAGGAGCUGGCCUACAUGGGCCUACAUGGGCCUACAUGGGCUGGUGGUCCAGAGGGAUUUACCAGGACCAGGGUGCGAGCUCUCCGGUGGAUCUGAGUGUGCCAGCCGGGCUUAGGUGAAGCCCUCCUCCUCCUCUUCCUCCUCCUCCUCGAAACUGAACCAGGCCUAAAGAGAACUCACAUGAGCCGGAAAGUUUGAGGAAGAACCCGAGGGAGGGAAGUUGCUUUCUGAUGAUUCACCAUCAGUCAAAUGAGUCCAAACAAGUGACUCAAACGUGUGUGUGUGUGUGUGAAUCAGCAGAGAGUGAUAUGAGUCAAGACUAACAGACACACACACUCUCACACACACCCACACACACACACACACAGCUUGAACUUGAGGGGAUUUCCUGCCUUCAUGUACCAGGAUAUCAGACUCGAAAGAGGAAGAAGGACAGUUUGUGUCAGAGUCAAUGACACACUCACACUUUUACACACUUUUACACAUUCAACUGCUGCUGUGGACUUUGAUAAAUCGAUACUACUGCUAUAUGAGGACCUGUCCUGUGCAGCCUAAACUGUGUUCACACAAAAAAACAACAAAAAAAAGAAAAGAACCAGGCUGUCCACAUGGUGUCGGAAGCCAAAAGUGUGUUUUUAUGUUAAAGAAAUGUUGAAACCUGUGAAAAAAAAAAAAUAUUACCUCACAUUCCAAGCUGCUUUUUAAGUUUUUUAAUUCAUGGUGUACAUAUUUGUAAU